AUGUUGUUCGUGGGUGUUGCUCUGCUUGGUCUUUUUGGAGCUUGUAUGGCCGAUUCGGUUGCCGUUGAAGGCGUUUUGACUUGCGAUGGACGACCAGCUUCGGGAGUUCUCGUGAAGCUCUAUGAAAAGGACACACUUUUGGACGACAAGUUGGCCUCGGGGAAGAGCGACUCGCAAGGUCGUUUCCGUCUCCAAGGAUCGCAAUCCGAAUUCGGCGGAAUUAAGACCAAAUUCAAUGUCUACCACAAAUGUGGAACACUGCCAUUCACUCGCCGCUUCAUUCCAACUUGCACUUUCAAAGCGUCAUUCGACAUCCCCAGCCGAUAUGUCGCCGGCGGAAACAGCCCACGAGAGACGUACAACGCUCAAACUUUGGAGCUUCUCUCUUCACACCAAGGACAC